AUGACUUAGUGCACUCUUUCUCAACUGCUGAAAGUUACUUGGAUUGGAAAUCAGUAAUGCAGUGCUCAAAGCAUUGCUAAGCAGUGUCGAAGAAGUAUUUGCUUUGAGAUUGAAAAUCAACCAAUUACUAAACUCCCAGUUGCUAUUAGUAGCACUUAUAGCAUUAGAGCAUUCUCCAAGGCUUACUAGACGAUAGAUAGUGAGAAAAUCUCUAACAAUUUCUAAUUUCCAGAUCACAAGGAAUUCUUUAAUGAUAUGUAUUAUGAGAACCAAGAAACUAAGAGUGCUGUCUAAGAUAGUUAGCCAGGCCCCAAGACCCUAGGUAAGGACUAUAUUGAUCCUCAUGAGCCUUUUGUUCAAAAAAAUAUGUUCGCUCCUGGUGGCAUACUAGCAACUUACAAGAAAUAGGUAGGAAUUACUGCAAAGGAUGUAAUGGAGUAGGACUACUGGGAUAAAGUCAAAAAUUUGCAAGGGGAUGCUUCUUAAUACUUUAAUGUAGUCGGAUAAAAUGAGAAAGAUAUGAUGAAAACAACAUAAAAUCUUAUAAUGAGAACAAGACUUGAAAGAGAAGUGAAGUUUGACGACGAUUUCAGAAAAAGGUUUAUGACCAAGGACUAUGGCAAUUAUGAAAAGUAUGACAAUAAUUAAAUCAAAGAAGAAAGAGAUAUUGGAGCUAAUGACAGAGGCGGUGAUCAAUUCCUUUUGAACUACUACAAAGUAAUGAGAAACAUCAAUAUCUAACCUAGUGAUGAAUUUAGAGAAGGUGAAAAAAAAUCAUUUGAGGAUGCAUUGACCAAUUAAAACUACACAAAUAACUUAGUGAAUAAAAAGUAUCGUGCCUUCUAUGCUAAAUAAGCUGACUGGGAUCUUUAAAAAUAAAAAGAUGAUGAAUUAAGGUUUGUUCAGAACUUUCACUAGAACAAUGUCACAUAUUUUGGAAGAAUGUCACCAAUAGGCAAAUAAGAGUUAUAUACACUUUAUUUGAAAGGUAUGACAAUUAAAAAUCUAAGUUUGAAAUACGGUAUUCUUCCCUAAAGAGUCAAGGCUAUUAUCUUUUAAAAGUUCCUGUAUUGGAAUGAAGUUUACCCUAAACUUGGAGAAACUCACAUGAGACUGUCAAUGGAAAGAGAAGCUUAAUAUGCAGCAUACUUUCCAUUUGUAGACUACGGUCUGGACAUCAAGAAAAUGGCUGAAUUAGAAAAAGGUAUUUAUAUGCAUUCCAUCAAGAGAUCUGAACUUGAUUCAAACCCUCCUGAGGAACUCAAGAAGAAGAUUGAGAAGUACAUGGGUAAAAUUAAGGCUAGAAGACAUGAUCAUAUUCCCAUUACAUUGCAAGGUAAAGCUGGAAGUGCCUACCUCCUAAAAAAUUGGUUGAUUCAUAGAGGAAAAGGAUCUCCAAAAGUUAAUAUUCAUUUUAGAGAUGCUGUUAGAUUAACUGGUACAAAAAACGAAUAUAGAUUAAAUAAUAGAGUAGCAUUAAGAAUGAAAGUCGGUGGCCCUAGAUACGCUGGAAUGAAAAUUAGUCAAUAGAGAACCAAAUAUUACAGGCAAUGA